GCGCCCGGGACAGAUCCGCGCCCGUUCCGAGCCCGCAGCGCUGCGGCCUGACGCCAUCCCCAGGGAGCUGGAGCCUCAGGCAGGCACCAUGACAGCGCUGUCCCCCAACCUGUCAUGCCACCACCACUCCAUCGAUGACUUCCGCAACAGCAUCUACUCCACGCUCUACUCCAUGAUCAGCAUCAUGGGCUUUGUGGGGAACGGCGUGGUGCUGUACGUGCUGAUCCGCACGUACCGUCAGAAAACGGCCUUCCAGGUCUACAUGCUCAACCUGGCCCUGUCCGACUUCCUGUGCGUGCUCACCUUGCCCCUGCGCGUCGUCUACUACGUGCAAAAGGGCCACUGGUUCUUCAGCGACUUCCUGUGCCGCCUCUCGUCCUACGCGCUCUACGUCAACCUCUACUGCAGCAUCUUCUUCAUGACGGCCAUGAGCUACUUCCGCUGCGUCGCCAUCGUCUUCCCAGUCCGCAACGUCAGCCUGGCGUCGGAGAAGAAGGCCAAGUUAGUGUGUGUUGGCAUCUGGGUGUUCGUCACCCUGACGAGCGCGCCCUUCCUGCGCAACGGGACGUACCAGUACGGCAACAAGACCAAGUGCUUCGAACCGCCCGAGAACUCCCAGAAGACAAACCUGGUGGUGAUCCUGGAUUUCAUCGCCCUCUUCGUGGGCUUCAUCUUCCCCUUCAUCGUCAUCACCAUCUGCUACACCAUGAUCAUCCGCACCCUGCUGCGGAACAACCUGCGGAAGAACGAUGCCAGCCGCCGCAAGGCCGUGUGGAUGAUUGUCAUUGUCACCGCCACGUUCCUGGUGAGCUUCACGCCGUACCACGUCCUGCGCACGGUGCACCUGCACGCGCUGCGCCUGCAGGGCCGCGGCUGCGGGGACACCAUGUUCCUGCAGAAAGCCGUCAUCGUCACCCUGCCCCUGGCAGCUGCCAACUGCUGCUUUGACCCCCUCCUCUACUUCUUCUCCGGGGGCAACUUCCGGCAGAGACUCACCACGCUCAGGAAGGCGUCCUCCUCCAGCUUGUCGCAAGCCUUCAGGAGAAAGAUCUCCGUGAAGGACAAGGAUGAGGAGCCCUUUGGAGAAAGCCAGAGGGAGAAUGGAAAGACAGCUGUGGCUCCUUUGUAAGGAGGUUAAACUUUCCCCUCAGAGCUCUGCUGGGGGAUGGAGAUCUCCGAACUCUUCCAGAAGAUGGGAUGGAGGCAUUCGAGCCUUUGUUGCAGUUAAAUAAGUGUGGACAAUGCCUGGCUUGUGGUAGUUGGUGGCAGAGCCACUGCUGGGGCUGGGCAGCCCCUGGGACCCCCAGAGCCACACGGGACAGAGCAGCCACCACCAGCAAACUGUGGAGCUGCUGCUGAACUCCCAAACCCCUUCCAAGGCUGUAUUUGGGCAUUUGCUUCAUUUCACAACUUUCCAAGAGCGUUAAUUCCCCGAGCCAGUGGGAAAUGUAAACAAAGCUUGCGGCGCGUGGGGAGCUCCUGACAAACAGCGAGGGCAGAGUUUUCACUGGAUCUUCAAACAGCCGCCAAGUUAUUUACACAGUGAGGCCAGGAUAAUUCCUGCCCUGCUCCCCAGCUGCCUCUGGAUUUCAGUGUGUUUCAGGCUCCCAGGGCUGUGCCUGGGCUGCAAAUCGGGAUGGGCACCUGUCCCACCCCCACAGAGCAGCUCGAGAUGCUUUGAUGGGCAGCAGAUUUGCCAGUGUUUGUCCAGUUUCUAGAAAAAUCCAUGGGAUCAGUUGUAAAAUUGCAAUAUCUUACUGUGCAGGAUAACUUAGGAAUAAGGAUAAGAGAUAAACUUAUUUCAGUGGGGCUGGCCCUGAAGUGAGGGCUGCAGGAUUCAGAUUAUCACUCCAGUUUUUGGGGAAGUUUUGGGUAAAAGUGGAGCUCUGCGUGCUCAGAGUCAGAUUUGCCUUUCUCAGCUAUUGGCCAAGGGUGUUAAAUUAAUAAUAAAUAAAAAUAAAGCCCUCUAAAGUGUCUUUGAUCCUGUUCCACAGUGCUCACUUCACCCACACCUGGCAGCAAAGAGGCAACACGAGGCCCUUGGAAAGACCUUUAGGAAGAGCUGGAGAUUCAAAAUCUGAGUCUGAACGAGAUGUGAUGCUGAAAAAACAUUGGACUGUGUUUCUUCUGUAAAGAAAAGCUUCAAACUCUUGGAUGGAGGGAAACAUUCCUGUACUUUUCCAGGAGAUCUGCAGGAAGCUAUCUCCAGCUCUGCUGGAGCAGAGCCCAGCCGGAAAUGUGCGACACAUUCCGGCAGAAAUAGAAAUUAUUGUAGGGUUAAACCUCUCAGCUGGAGAAGGAGUUGAUAAAUGAACAGCAAGUGUGUUUGGAUAUGGUAUUUAUGAAAUUACUCGAUGUUAUCUUGGAUAAGGAAAACAGUUUUAGUAGUGAAGAAUAACAGUGAGCAAAAGGAGUUUGGCUUGGACAGGCAUCUGCUGGAGAAAUUAUCUGUACAGAUAAUUAGAGUGAUAAUUCUCUCUGUACACCACAGCUCUGGCUCAGCAAAAGGCACUUAACAAACCAAAUCCACCUGCAGGAUAAAUGAUGGAUGUGAAUCUCCAAGGAGAUCCGAAAUUCCUUUGUUAAAUUUGAAGGACAAAGCGGUAGAGGGCUGAAAGCUGCUGCUGUAGAGGAGAGUUAGAGACCCCAUAAACCCCCCAGGAGGGCAGAGCCAAGAGUUCAAAGCCAGAACUACAAAUUGUUCAGGGAAAAAACACCGAUGAAUUGGCUAAAACUCAUUUUCAAGGGUCAGCACUGAGUAUUCCACUUGUGUCUCCAGGCUUUAAAAGCAUUGUGAAACUGUAAAUAAAAAUCCUCAUGGAUUUUUAUUCAGAAUUUGCAGGAAUAACAUGGCCAUUCCCAAAGCUUGAAAUAUUGUACAGUAAAGCUAAAUGUGUGUGUAUAUAUAUAUAUGUAUAUAUUGCAAAGCAUUUUUGUUAUACCAGAGGUAUUUUUUAACCUUUUGCCUUUUUUUAUUUGAAUAAGACAAUGUUAAUGGCAAAGAAAAUGGCAGCUUUUUUUUUUCUUCUUCUUCUUCUUUGUGCAAUAGGAAAGCCUGUUUUAAAAUACUUUACUGAAAAUCAAGCUAAAACAUUGCAAGUGAAAUUUUAAUUACCGUUUUCCACGGCUCAUUUGAAAGUCUCUGUUGCGGAUUCUUCUUCCCUACAAUAAAACUUU